AGGAAUUGCAGGAGGUUUUUGCUGUGUUUUUUGUGAAAACACAAGAGAAAGCCGAGGAGAAGACAUCUUAGAGACUCGAGCCAUGGAAAUCGUGGAUCACAUUCUAGCCGUUGCGAAUGUCAUCUACGGGCAAUAUCAGCACAUGAAGUACUGCAAGAAGCAGAAAGAGCGCCUUGUCAAGCGCAUGGAGGUCCUCCUGAGGCCUCUUGCGCUCCUCAAGGCUCAGCCCCCCAGCAAACUGUCCUCCAGUCUGACAUGGAUGCUGCAGAGCAUGCUGGACCUUUUGCUUGAAGCCCAGGGACUCUUUGAGAAGUACAAAAACCAUAACAUGCUGGAGAGGUUCAUGAAGGCUGGGGAGAUGCUGGAAGAGUUUGCAAACCUGAAUGAGCGCUUUGGUGAUACGGGCCAAGGACUUCUGCUGCAGCUCCAGGUGGAGCAGAAGGUGCUAGUGAGCUUCCAGAAGUGCGUGGUGAGCAAGGAAUGCUGCCAAGAUCUGGCGGAAGACAAAGUUUGCUGGAAGGAGAUGGCCAAAGGGCAGAAGGAAGAAGCUCAAAUGGAAAUCACAGAGAUCGACAGGCACUUCUUAACAAAGAUGGCCUUUCUGUCGGAGAUGAAAGACCACGUCCUGUACAAAGGAGAAUAUUACAAAAGUCCGGUGGCCGUCAAAGUCUUCAAAAACCCCAUGACCAUCAACACCAAGAAAGUGAGGCAGAUCUUCGAGGAGGAGAUCAGGACCCUGAAGAGGCUGGAGUCCUCCUACAUUGUGCGCUUGUACGGCAUCUGCAUUGAUGAAAGCGGGACAGUUCCACAGUUCUCCAUAGUCACUGAGUAUUGUGAGAAGGGCACCCUGCGGGAAGUGUUGAGAAAAGAACAGGACCUGCCCUGGAAGAUUCGCUGCGACAUGGCUUCGGAUGCGGCCGCUGGGCUGUACAGGUUGCACCAGACAGGAGAGAAGUGCCAACUGCAUCGUUGCAUCAACAGUUCCAAAUUCUUGGUUGCCAAGGGCUACUGUGUAAAGUUGUCAGGAUUUAAACUGGACCAAACUGAGUCAUCCAUCGGUCGAAAAAACAAGGAUAAAGUCUCCAGGCCGGUGUCUUCUUUAGCCUACAUCUGUCCAGAGGGCCUGGCCUCUUUACACCACCCAUACAACUUGGCUAGUGAAAUAUACAGCUUUGGGAUUGUGCUAUGGGAGAUCGCAACUGGGAAGCUCCCCUUUACAGGCUGCAACUCUCAAGAAAUCUAUGAGAAGGUUCAUAAGCAAAAAGUACAGGAGCCUUUGUCAGAAGACUGCCCGCCCUAUUUACGGGAAAUCAUCAACCAGUGUCGCAGUUAUAACCCUUCCAAGCGCCCAACUACUGAAGUUAUUGUGAACCAACUCCUCAUUGACCAGGAUGAUAACGGCAGCAACUUCAUGAGGGAAAAUCAGUGAUUGUGGGAGAUACGUUCUAUCAUCUGAACUGUCUCUCUUUUUUCCUACGUUGUUAAGUAAGCUCCCCGUUGGAAGAGCGAGUGCGUUCAGAGAA